GCGCAAGAGGCGAGCCAGCCCCCGUCUAUCGCGUACCUGAGGGGCUAGGAAGCUACCGCUCGCGCCCGUUCCUCCGCCCGCGUUGGCCACCAUCGCGCUCCUUCGGGCCCAAGGCCCUCAAGGACGCCCGCAAGCUCGUUGGUGCCCUCCAGAAUGACCUUUUACUAUGGAUGAUGGGUCUGAUGGGCCAAGCGACCCAGCCCUAAGAAGCCGGGGCCAACAACACGGUCCACAAACUUAGCUCAUAAACAGGCGGCCCGAUUCUUCAGGUGAUAGAUGUAGAACAACAUUUGCUUCCACAUUGACGACCGUUGUGAAAGUAGGCGGUAAAAAUGAUAACUACAACUUGAGCAGCAGCGCUGCUUUUGAUAAGCUACAACUAUAUGUAUCUGAAUGGUGAAGUUGUCCCUGGAAUGCGCCCCGGCUUUGGAGGGCUGGGCCAGGAAGGGUCCAUUGGCCGAUCGCGGAAUUUGGGGCGACCCGCGCGAAGGUCACCGCCGAGCCCCUGAUUCCGUGCCCCAUGUGUGCAUUCAAGUGCUGUAUAUUACUGGAAGACGUGCGUGUACGCUGUUUGAUAGAGUAGGCGAAGCUGUCACAGACUUUCACCUUAAAACACCGUCGCUGUUCCGCCAUUUCUGAAGUCACGUCUUUCCAGUAACUGGCACAGACAGGCCCUCAUACAGUGUAGCAUGGACAGCUCAAGGGAACCGCUUGCAGAGACAGGAGGGCACAUGGAGGUUGACAACUUGCCCGGGCCAGCGCCGGGCCAAGCGUUUGCGGAGGAUGUGCAUAACCUGGUGUUGGACUACUGCGCAGACGGUCUCGAAGCGUUCUACAGCUGCGUCUCGACGGCACUGGCGCAGCGAGGCACAGGCCAAGAGAAUGGCGACGCUGGGCCGUCAGGCGCUUCCCACGACGACCCCGUCCUAGCCAGCGUGGGACAGGGCACCCAGCGCCUGUACGACAGCCUGGCCUCCAAGGCCGGCGCCAGCCUGGGUCUGUUCGAGGCGGUGUGCGGCGGCAGCGGCGUGUUCCGGCCGCACGUGGAGGUGGCGGUGCCGCAGGUGGGGCCGGUGCACCUGCCCGGGGGCGGCGGACUGCUCGCCGCGCAGCCGCCGCUGACGCCGACACGGGCAGCAGCAGGCGGGGAGGAGGAGGCGGGACCGCGGCAGGGUGGCGAGGCGGCGCCGGCGGCGGCGGGUGCUGAGGGCGAGUGCGAGUCGGAGCUGCUGGCGCGUAUCGCCCAAAUGAAAGGGGAGCUGGAGCAGGUGGACCAGCGGUGUGCGGCGCUGCGUGCGGAGGUGCAGCGCGUGGACAAACACAUCAUCACCGCGGGCGACGCCUCCGACUACCUGGCUCUGUCCUCCGCCGCCGCCGGCCACAAGGCCACCCUGCGUGCCGUGGCCGCGGCGGCGGAGCACCUCGCCAACCUGAUGGCGCGGGCGGCGGCGCUGAGGGCGGGAGCGGGGGCGGGAGGAGGCAUGGGUGGAGGCAUGGGUGCAGACAAGCUCCAGGGCUUCCAGCAGGCGGGCGCGGGCGCGGGGGUGGCCAACGCCGCCGGCACCUCGCUGGCGGCCGUGACGGCGCUUGCGGAGCUGGUGCGCGUGUAGUGGACGUGUCGAUGUGGGGGUUCCCGGUGUGGGGGUGCAUGCGAAGGGACAACAGAGCAUGCCUGCAUGCGUGUUUGAGGGUGUGCGCACUGGGGUGUGGGGCUGUCGGUGUGUCUGGCGGAUGCGGGGGGCGUGAUUGGCGGAGGCGGACGAACGGGGCGCAGGCGGUGGACUUCGGAGGCAAUGUGCCGAACACCCGCAAGGACUCUCGAGUGCCGGUGCCGUCUGACCGGCAAUGCCUGGGUCACGGCUGGGUGACAGCUGGGGGCGGUGUGUUGGGGGCGGUGGGGGCAUUGGAGUGCUCACGUGCUUAUGGGAAGCCCCCCCCUGAGGCAAUGUCUCUGCGUGCCCAUUGCAGUAGUCCACCCACCCACCCCUCCUGAACCCUGCGCCGCUGGUCGUCCCUACAAAUGCAGCCCGCGUGCAAAUGCCAGUGUAGGCGCGGUAGGGGAGGCUUCACUGGCACUGCUUGGCUACCGCCACCUACGCGCCUACGCAACAACCUCGGGGCUCGCCGGACCAACUUGCACUCCCUACAUGCAAACCCAGGGGCAAGGCCGGACCAAAGGGACAGCCACAACAAUAAGCAUCAAUCGUACAUACAUACUGACCUAGGGAGUUGGAGGUACGAUGUCUUGUGUGUCAUGAGAACGAAGUUGAUGCUGCAGCUGAGUCAUAGGGAACCGUGCCCGUGUGGGACGGAUGAUCUGUUGUGGCCCUCCCUGAGUUCGGAGAUCCUUCGCACGGGCGGUACGUACGGUGGCCUAAGCACAAGAGAGCAAGACGUAGCGCGCGUCGCCUAUAACUCGAGGUGCAUGAACUGCAUGGCACGACUUCAAAGUUGAUGACUUGACGUCUGAGCUUCCGAACUUGCGCUCGGAACCUGACAGACUAGCG